AUGGGUACCAAUGUCAAUAACACAAACGAGACCACGAAACCCAAUGGCAUGGUCAUGCACACUGUUAACGUUUUCACAGGAAAGACCACCAUUCAGCAGGAUUUGACCCAACUUUGGACACUUGAAGCCAUGGGGAUAACUGAUUAUAGCAAUGACGCUCUAACAGCCGCAGAAACUCAAGCAGUUGAACACUUCGAAACUCACACCGUCGUCCACAAUGGGCGGUAUGAGGUCUCACUCCCCUUCAAACAAAACCCUCCCUAUUUAAACAAUAAUUUUCCUCAAGCAUUGCGAUGUUUUGAAGCACUUCAACGACGGUGGAAACGAAACCCGUCGUUUUCCAAAGCAGUUGAACACUUCGAAACUCACACCGUCGUCCACAAUGGGCGGUAUGAGGUCUCACUCCCCUUCAAACAAAACCCUCCCUAUUUAAACAAUAAUUUUCCUCAAGCAUUGCGAUGUUUUGAAGCACUUCAACGACGGUGGAAACGAAACCCGUCGUUUUCCAAAGCUUAUCACCAAGCCAUGCAGGAAUACUUUGUCAAGGGUUUUGCCCAUAUCGUUCCACCACACGAGGUGAACACGGAAAAUCAGGUCUUCUACCUCCCACAUUCGGCAGUUAUUCGCAAAGAAGCCGUCACCACUGAGGUCUGCAUUGUCUUUAAUGGCUCGGCCAUGUACAAGGGCACCUCCCUGAAUCAGCAAUUGCUGAUUGGACCGAAAUUGCAAAAAGAUAUUGUCGACAUCCUUCUCCGAAUGCGAACGAGUCCUAUUGUAUUAGCUGGGGAUAUUUCUAAGAUGUUCUUGCAAAUCAAUCUAAGUCCGAAUGACCAAGAUGUGGUCAGGUUCUUAUGGGAAAAUCCAACGUCGGGCGAAAUUCAGAUUUGUCGAUUUUCAACCCUCGUCUUUGGCUUGACUUGUUCCCCUUACUUGGCAAAUGCUGUCAUUCAACAUCUGGCCAAAAGCAACGCUAAAGCUCACCUCUUAGCAUUUAAAAUCCUGCAAAAUGACAUCUAUGUUGAUGAUGUUUUUAUCUACGCGGACACAGCAGAUCAGGCAAUUGAGCAACUUCAGGAUGUCACCAAGUUGUUGGAGAAAGGAGGAUUCAAUCUAACAAAAUUCAUUUCAAACUGUCCAGAAGUAUGUAAAAGAAUUCCGUCGGACAAACUCAACCCAAAGGCCCUUUUGGACCUUCAGGAAGAUGAACAGAAGGGAAAAACGUUAGGUGUGUCGUUCCACACCAACACGGAUGAAUUAAUUUAUAAAAUUCAUUCCAUGGCUUCCACUUGGGAUACAAGCAUUCCAGAAACAAAACGAAGUGUCUUAUCUAAGUUGGCCAGCAUUUUUGAUCCACUAGGUCUAGUAUCACCUCACACCAUCCUCUCAAAGAUAUGUAUGCAAAACAUUUGGAAACAUACCAAUAUUGAUUGGAACGAUACUUUGCCUCCCGCAAUUCAGCCCGAAUGGAAUCAGGCCAUUCAAUCCUUGUUAGGCCAAGAAACGUUGCGAUUCCCACGGUACAUUGGAUUACCUGACACUCAAAAACAGGCCGAAUUGCAUAUCUUUUUGUGA